UACUGAGAACAGGGCACCUGUGCCAUGGAUAACGUCACCACUGCUCCCAACAGUUCCAGCCUCCAGAUCUCCCUGUUCAUCCUCAUGGGGCUCCCAGGCAUUCACGAGUGGCAGCACUGGCUCUCCCUGCCCCUGGCUCUGCUCUACCUCUUAGCUCUUGUUGCCAAUCUCCUCAUCGUGAUCACCAUUCACCGUGAGCCCAUGCUCCAUGAGCCCAUGUACCAUUUCCUGGGCAUAUUGGCACUUGUGGACAUUGGCUUGGCCACCACCAUUAUGCCCAAGAUUAUGGCCAUCUUCUGGUUUGAUGCCAAGGCCAUCAGCCUCCCUGAAUGUUUUGCUCAAAUGUAUGUCAUCCACUACUUCAUUUUCAUGGAGUCUGGUAUCUUCCUCUGCAUGGCAGUGGACAGAUACAUAGCCAUCUGCCACCCUCUUCGAUAUCCUUCCAUACUCACUGAAGCUUUUAUGAUCAAAGUCACAGGAUUCAUGGUGCUCAGAAAUGGCUUGUUGACCAUCCCAGUGCCUGUACUGGCUGCCCAAAGACUCUACUGCUCCAAGAAUGAAAUUAACCACUGCCUGUGCUCGAACUUGGGGGUGAUCAGCCUGGCUUGUGAUGACAUCACUGUGAACAAAUUUUACCAACUGUGCUUAGCAUGGAUCCUGGUUGGGAGCGAUAUGGCUUUGGUUUUCUCUUCCUAUGCUCUAAUCCUUCGCAAUGUGCUGAGGCUGAACUCAGCAGAAGCAAUGUCCAAGGCUCUGAGCACCUGUAGCUCCCACCUCAUCCUCAUCUGCUUCUUCUACACAGGUGUCAUUGUGCUGUCUGUCACACACCUUGUAAAAGAAAAGAUUCCCCUUAUCCCUGUACUCCUCAAUGUGCUGCACAAUGUCAUCCCCCCAGCUCUCAACCCCAUGGUGUAUGCUCUCAGGAUGCGUGAGCUCAGACUGGGCUUCCAGAGGCUGCUUGGGUGGGUGAAGGAUUGUCCACAAAGUAACCUCAGCUUAAAAGGCCAUGUAGAUGUUAGGAAGAAAGACGUUGUAGCUCUGAAUAGACCUGAAUUUAAAAAACUGAAAACACAUGGCCAAUAA